AUGAAUUUUCGGUGCAAAUUAUCGAAUUUCUCACCCACUUUUCCGUUCAGUGACGACGAACUAAAACAUGCCGGCCUGCUAGGCGACGAUGUGUCUGAACCUGCGGCCCAGGCCGUCACUACUAUGAAGAAUCACCCGGGACUGCUGAACCUCUCGCUUUUCGCCCUCGACUCCCCGACCUUCAGCGAUAUGUCUGUGUCGUCCCAUUUCUCUGCCCUCAUCUUCGCCAGCGAUACCACCGUUGUCUCCGAGUACAGUCCCGACGACUACGAACGGACGUCCUACUAUAAUGGCAUCGCUGGAGACGGCGACCACCCGGACCUUGUGUAUCGUUCCGACUACCUCACUGCUCCCUUCCCCAAGCCCGUCGGCAGAUUCGGCCACAUUCCUGUCAAGUCGGUCCGUGGAGUCUUCGAUACCCCACUCAACGGUAUCUGGGACGACAAUGUCAGUCCUCAGAUCCGCGACGUUAUCAAGGCCCAUAAGAUCAACUGGACGUCCAUCGACCCUGCUCGUUUCUUUACCCACGGACCACCGGGAGAGGAGGAGAAGGAGAGUCUCGGCCCUGUCGUCAUCUGGGUCGGUGUCAGUCCCGGUUCUACCUCCGCUACCGCCCAAGAUGUCUCACGAGAGAUCCUUGCGCUCCUGUUGAAACAUGGAGUCGAUGGCGUCGUCGUGGAGUGGCGAGAGGCGGUCCCGCAGACUCUGGCUGGCGUGCCCCUUCUACGCCAUGUCGGCAGCACCAACGCCACCCAUCAUGUCCGUCGUUUCCUUACACCUCUUCUCGGCAUGGAGAAGGACGAUGCGCAGGGCACUCUUACCCUCUGGUUUAGAGAAAACAAGGACAGGAGCGGAAAGCCGAGCGACAAAGUCUUUGGGGUCAGUAACUGCCAUGUUUUGCGCAAGAAGACCAACGAAAAUUACGAGCACAAAGGAGGCGCACCCAAGAUUUAUGUCCGAGUCUGUGACAUGCGUCGAUUCCAGCGCGGCUUGGACGACAUCACCAAGGCCGUAUCUGAUUACGUCAUCAUUGCAGAUCAUUGGGCUAGAGAUAUCGUCAGACUGCAGGAGAGGGGGGUGCAGGACCCGGAGGACGAGGAGGAGUUGGAGCAAACUAGGAUCAAGUUGAAUGAGGAGAACCGAGCUAUCGCCAGUCUCGAGGCCUUCCACGUCCAAGUCGAGAACGAAUGGUCCAAUAUUAAGCUCCAGCGCAACAUUGGAUUCGUGCAACACUCCGUAGCCAUCAGCGUCGACGAAGACGACACCAACUUCACCCUGGACUGGGCUGCCUUCGAGGCCGCUGAGGGCAAGGUCAAGAAUGAGUUUGAAGGGAACGUUGUGGAUCUCGGAUCCGAGUAUGCUCCGCAACAACUGACGGAUAUGUUCUACCCUCGGGCUGGUGGUCCCACGACGUUCAAGUAUCCCGCUGGGCGAAAGCUCCGGAUCGAGGGCUGUGCUUCGAAGGAGGACCUCGCCAACCCUGCCGAUAUCGACAGCGAAGACAAACAUUGCAUUAUCGUUGGCAAAGAUGGGAACACCACCGGCCUCACCGUCGGAAUCUUCGCCGGCCUGGUUUCGUUUAAGAAGAACGAACUCGGCAUUGAGUCAACCGAGUACGGCGUCUACAAUUUGGGCGGUAAGCAUGGCGAAGUCUUCUCCGCCAAAGGAGACUCGGGCUCUCUUGUCUGGUAUAUGAGGGACGGCAAAGCCUACAUUGUCGGCCAGCUUCACUCCGGGCAAAACAAGGGCGGCGCGACGAGCAAUCACAUCACCUACUGCACGCCCGGCUGGUGGCUCUUGACGCAGAUCAAGAAGAGGUUCCCGCACGCCAACUUCUACCCCAUGAACUGGGAGGCUUGAGACCAUCAUUCACGCUGAUGAACGUCGAAGCCAGCGUCUUCUUCUGCAACCUCGUGACCUCUACUAUGUCCCACCUCCUUAUUUUCGUCUGUCGAUCGCGAAUCAUUCCUUUCCCUCGUCUCUUUCUCUCUUCUCAUUAUAUCGGUUGCCGACGAAAGGAACGUCAGAUCGUCUACUAGAAGCACCUUCAGUGCUAAGCCCCUCCGUUCCGUUCCCAUGAUAUGUGCUAUCAGUUAUAUGGCUAGGUUAGCGUCAUUAGAUACCAAGUAAUAUCGAACUAACCGUAGCAUCAGGGAUCAAUUUCAGUGACAAAUAUAGAGUUCUGAUGGAAAGACGCCC